AUGGUUACCCAAGUUGUCCAAGCAAUUCCUUGCGACCAAAAAUCACCUGGAGAGAAUUACAGGAUAUUUGGAUCAUCAUCAAUUUAUUUUACUGAAUUAACAUUUUGGUUAACAAAUAUUGGUUUUAAUUGGCUUCUAUAUAAAAGUAAACAUUUAUCAAAAUUUUCAAUUGAAAAACGUUUAAUAUAUUCAUCAUUUCUUUCAAUAAUUUUCAAUUUUGGUUCAAUUAUGAUUAUUAAUAAUAUAAGUCAUUUUUUUGGUCGAAUUGAAUUAUUAAGACUUAUAUCUAGUUUAACAUUAUCGAAUUGUUUAUUAUCGAUUGGUUAUUUUUAUCUCGAUGAUCUUUACAAUAUUAAUAAUAAUUCUAAAUAA